AAAUAAUUUUAAAAAAUGAAAUUUAAAAUAGCUAAUCAUCCUCCUUUGUGUCCUUUCCUACCUGUCUGCUCCCAUGAUAUUUGUUUGUUUAAUUAAAAUUGGGUUGAUGUAAUUGCAAUCAUAAUCAAUAUUGAAUUGCGCAGCCCCUUCUUGUCUCCUUCCUUGUUUCAUUUCUUUUUGAAUUCUUUUUGGGUUUUUCAACCCUCAACCUCUCCCUUUAUAGUUCACCCAUUUCUCAUCUUUUUUGCUCUCAGCUUCUGGGUUUAUACGCUUUUUGUUUCUUCGUCAUCGGGAAUUAAUCAAAGCUGUUUUUUUUUUUUCUUGGAUUUAAUUUGCAUCAUCGGCUAUGGCGGAAGAGCACGGAUUCCAGGCGCCGGAGGGGCACCGCUUGUGCGCCAACAACUGCGGCUUCUUCGGCAGCCCCGCCACGCAGAAUUACUGCCCCAAAUGUUACCGGGACGUUUUUCUCAAGGAAGAAGGGAAUGCGAAACCCGUGAAUUCGGUGGAUUCGAUGUCGCCGUCGCCGUCGCCGUCGCAGGUGUCUCUACCGGCUAGCUCGUCGGCGCCGGCGCCGGCGCCGUCGACGAAGAGAGCGGAGACGGCGGCGGCGGCGGUGCAGCUGCCGGCGAACAGGUGUUCGACUUGCCGGAAAAAGGUGGGGUUGACGGGGUUUAGGUGUCGGUGUGGGGUCACUUUCUGCGGGACCCACCGGUACCCGGAGAUGCACGCCUGCACCUUCAACUACAAGGCUUUAGGGAGAGAAGCCAUCGCCAAGGCCAACCCUCUGAUCAAAGCGCAGAAGCUCCACAAGAUAUGAUCGCAGCCGUUCAAAUCUCCGACUUCCUCGCAAAUCCCACGGUGAUGAUUCUGCCAAAAUCGUCACGGCAAAAUGCCCAAAGGAGAAAAAAGGAAAAAGAAAAAAUUGGUUCCGCGUAAUGACACGUCAGCCACGCGUGCCAUGUAUAUUUCCUCCUCCUUUUUAGUUUCAACUUUUUUUUUUUUCCUAUAUGUUACUCUCUUCCGUUAUUACCCCUGGCUUGUAGAAAAAUUAAAAAGAAAAAAAAAAGAGAGAGAAUAUAUGAUGUUGAUGUUGAUAAUUUGAAUGUUAUUAUUGUCUUGAUACUCUGUAUAAUGUAUAUAUUCUGUCAUUGUUUUUUA